AUGAAGACCGUCUGGACCGUUGAUACCCUCGUCGACGCGUGCGUCGCUGCUCUCAAGCCGACGCCCAUGCCGGGCUGCGGCCGCGACCUGGUGCCGUUCUACAACGACGAGGACGCCCCGAAGGACGCCGACGCGCUCACGGACUCCUACGGCACCGAGGACGGAUCCAGGCACGCGUCGCGGCGCUCCAAGGCGGCAUCCGCCAAGGCGAGCCCGAAGAAGGCGAAGACGGCCGGAAAGAAGCGCCCCGCGUCCGCGCGGGCCAAGCCGGUGGCCGACGCGACCUCGCGCAGCACCGACGAGGUCGCGGCCUCGCUCCCGGACUCGCGCACGCCUUCCGCCACGGACUCCAACCGCUUCGCGGGCUCCUCCGUGCACGCACCGCCCCCGCAGCUGCUCCCCAUGCCUUCGGCGCUCCUCGCUGACGCGGGUGAGCCUCCCAAGGUCGACGAGGCUGCCUCCCAGGCUCUCAAGCGCAUGCUCUACAUCGCGUAG